AUGACCAUGCUCAGUGAUGCCACUACUGCUCCGGCACCCUAUUACUCUCAGGGUCUGCGUGCCCGCUUCCACAUCGAUCGUGUCCGGCUCGAACAAGCCGACGUAGAUGCUCGCCUGAACGGAGGCAAAUGCGCGGACAUUGAGUAUGAAGUCGAUGAAGCCAAAUACCGUGCUCGGUCGACAGCUCGUGUCAAAGCAGGCGGUCUUCCCACCUCGGUGCCUGACGGCUGGCCAACAAAGCUCUCAGGGCCCCUGGUCUGGACCUCAAACUCAUUCCCUUCUGAAGACGAAUACGUCUACUACCUCACCCCGUCUGACAAGACCGAGAUUCUGGCCGCCCUCGCCUUCUUCAAAUCCCACAACCUCGACUCUCAGAAAGUGACCAAGUACCUCUUCCCCCUUCCCGACCUUGGCCCGAUCUUGUCCGGCAUCUGCAACGACAUCUAUCUCGGCAAAGGCUUUUACAUCGUCCGCGGUCUUGACCCCGACGACUACCCCCUCGCCGACCUGACCGCCAUCUACCUCGGCCUCUCGUCUUACGUCGCCUCCCGGCGCGGCCGCCAGGACCAGCGCGGCUCGAUGCUCAUCCACGUCAUGCAGCGCGGGGAUCAAUCCGCUGAGUCCACUCUCCACGACAGCAUCUACUCCUCCGACAAACCCUUCCACACCGACACCGUAACCGACACACUCUGUCUCUUCACCCAAGAGCUCGCCUCUUCAGGCGGCAGAUCCACCUUUGCCUCAGCCUGGACAGUCUACAACGAGCUCGCGGCCACCCGCCCGGACCUCAUCCACACCCUCGCCUCCCCCGACUGGCCGUUCGACACCUACGGCCGCGACCCCCCUUUUUACCGCCGGGCACUGAUGUAUUUUCACGACCACCGCCUCAUCACCUCCUUUUCCCGCCGUCUUCUCGUCGGCCACGCACCCUUCACCCCGCGGAGCAAGGCUAUCCCAGGGCUGACAGAGGCGCAAGCCGAGGCCCUCGACGCGGUUCAUUUUAUUGCCAAGAAACAUGAGAUCAAACCCCGGAUGGAGAGGGGUGACAUCAGGUUUGUGAACAACCUCGGCUUGCUUCACAGAAGAGAGGCGUUUGAGAAUGUACAGGGUAGUAAACCGAGGCAUCUGGUGAGGAUCUGGCUGAAUAAUGAUGAGGGAAUGUGCUGGAACCUGCCUUGGCCGUUGAGGCUGGCUUGGGCGAGGGUGUUUGAUGAUGAUUUUGAGGAUGAGGGGAGUGAUAAGAGGGGGAGGUAUUGGGACUAUGCUCCGUUGAGGCACCCCGUGACGGGGAGGGUGUUGAAUACGGGUGGUUCCUGUGACUGA